UUGUGUUUGUUUUUUUUUUAAUCUCAAGAGGGAGUCUGACGCUGUUUUGUAAAAACUGAUUUAUUUCUCAUCUGGUUCAAUUUCCUCUGACAUGGAAGUGAGAUGUCGUCCAGCGGUGAUGUGCUGUGUCUUUGCCGUCCUCUGCUCCGUGGUUCCCCGCUCGCUGGCGGCUUCCUUCCGGGACAGACAGUACCUGAACGAGUGGGCAGUGGAGAUCCCCGGCGGGCGCUCCGCGGCGGAGUCCAUCGCCCGGGAGCUGGGCUACGACCUGGUCCGACAGAUUGGGGCCCUGGAAGACCUUUUCUUGUUCAAACACCGCAAUCAUCCUAGCAGAAUGAAACGCAGCGCCACCCAUGUGACCAGGCAGCUGUCUGAGGAUGAUCGGGUGCUGUGGGCAGAACAGCAGUACGAGAAGCGACGCAACAAGCGGGCGUCCCUCAGGGAGUGUCGAGACUGCCCAGCAGACAAGCUGUUUGAUGACCCCAUGUGGAACCAGCAGUGGUACCUGCAAGACACGCGGACGUCAUCCUCGCUGCCGAAGCUCGACCUGCACGUGAUCCCCGUGUGGCAGAAAGGCAUCACGGGGAAAGGAGUGGUCAUCACCGUCCUCGAUGACGGACUGGAGUGGAACCACACAGACAUCUACUCCAACUACGACCCGGCAGCCAGCUAUGACUUCAACGACAACGACCCGGACCCCUUCCCCCGAUACGACUCCACCAAUGAAAACAAGCAUGGCACCCGGUGCGCUGGGGAAAUCGCUAUGCAAGCAGACAACAAUAAAUGUGGGGUUGGAGUGGCCUACAACUCCAAAGUGGGAGGGAUUCGUAUGCUGGAUGGGAUUGUGACUGAUGCCAUUGAAGCGAGCUCCAUCGGGUUCAAUCCAAACCACGUGGACAUCUACAGUGCCAGCUGGGGACCCAAUGAUGACGGCAAGACAGUGGAGGGUCCUGGUCGUCUGGCCCAGAAGGCCUUUGAAUACGGUAUCCAGAAGGGCCGCGGUGGGAAAGGUUCUAUCUUUGUCUGGGCUUCAGGCAAUGGCGGGCGCCAGGGCGAUAACUGUGACUGCGAUGGCUACACAGACAGCAUCUACACCAUCUCCAUCAGCAGUGCCUCCCAGCAGGGCCUGUCUCCCUGGUAUGCAGAGAAGUGCUCUUCCACUCUGGCUACAGCGUACAGCAGCGGAGACUACACUGACCAGAGGAUUACGAGUGCCGAUCUGCACAAUGAGUGCACUCAGACUCACACUGGGACGUCUGCUUCUGCCCCACUGGCUGCUGGGAUAUUUGCCCUUGCACUUGAACAAAAUCCUGAUCUCACCUGGAGAGACCUGCAGCAUAUUGUAGUCUGGACCUCAGAGUUUGAUCCUCUGGCCAAUAACCCAGGAUGGAAGAAAAAUGGAGCUAAUCUGAUGGUCAACAGCCGCUUUGGCUUCGGUCUCCUCAAUGCCAAAGCCCUGGUGGACCUUGCAGACCCCGCCACCUGGAAACAUGUGCCAAAGAAGAAGCAGUGCAUCGUCAGAGACGAUUCUUUUCAGCCGAGGGAGCUAAAAGCAGCGGGGGAGAUCACUAUAGAGAUUCCAACCACGGCCUGCGCGGGACAGGACAACGCCGUCCGCUCGCUGGAGCACGUGCAGGUGGAGGCCAGCAUCGAAUACACCAGGAGAGGAGACCUGCACAUCACACUCACCUCCCCAGCCGGCACCAGCACAGUGCUGCUCGCUGAGCGAGAGAGGGACACAUCCUCCAACGGCUUCAGAAACUGGGACUUCAUGUCCGUCCAUACAUGGGGAGAAAAUCCUGCUGGUAAAUGGAUGCUGAAGAUCACAGAUACUUCGGGCCGUAUGGAGAAUGAAGGCAGGAUUUUGAACUGGAAGCUGAUUCUUCACGGGACUUCAGAGACACCAGAACACAUGAAGAAACCACGAGUGUACACCCCUUACAAUGCCGUGCAGAACGACCGCCGCGGCGUCGAACACAUGGAUGACAUGAUGGAGGAGCCCACGCAGACGCACCCACCUGAGAAAACUGAGACGGCACGAGCCUCCUCUCCUUCCACUUCAGAGAAGGAUCCUCAAAAGGCCUCAGAUCCCCCCGCCUCCCCCUCUCUGGCCCUGCUCCGUCUCCUGCAGGCGGCCUUCAACAGGCAGACCCCGGCCCUGCAGCAGCCCCCGGCCUCUGCCAGGCUCUCCCCGGCUCUGAGGAGGCAGCAGCAGCCGGCCCUCGCCCUCUCCCCUCCUGCAACGAGACUCCCGCCUCAGAAGUUGUACCAGGCCCUGGAUAUGAUCAACAAGUACCGGGGCGCGCAGGACAGCGUCUACAGUGACUACAGCGACGGCUUCUACCGCACCAAGCCGUACAGGCACAGAGAUGACCGGCUGCUGCAGGCCCUGUUCGACAUGCUGGACGACUUUAGCGAGUGAAAGCCUGGUCAGGAGGGGGAGGUGGCGUGUGGCGUUGGUUUGGGAGCAGAGGAACAAGGCGAAGAGAAGAGAGAGAGAGAGAGAGCAAAGAGAUAAGACCAGGCUUUAGAACAGAAAUGAGGAAAGUUUUACGACUCAAUUCUACCCCAAAUGCUGCAUACCU